UUUAUCGUUGCUGUUUGUUUUUUUGUUGGGAUAAUUCGUCGUUAUUUUCCAAACGCAAAUUAAUAAUAAUAAUAAUCUUAUUUAUUUUAUUGUUGUCUGAUUUUAUUUAUUUAGUUUUUGUUUAUAUCUUUUCUUGUAUCAAUUAACGUUGUAUUUUUAUCUUAAUAAUCGUUUUGGUAACUAUAUAAGCCUGCAAUUUUUUUCUUCAAGUAUAAAUCAAAAAAAAAUCCAAACCAAAAUCGUCUUAAAUUAAUUUAAAUCAACAUGUUUAACUUAAUAACUUUUUCAAUCCUUAUUGUAUUGAUUGAGGGAAAUAAUUUAGUGGACUUACAACCAAAAGUAUCACCACCACCUUAUUUGAAUCGCUUCCAUUUAUCAAAAAGCGAAAUUAGAAUUGUUAAUGGAAACGAAGUCGAGCCAAACUCGAUUAUUUACCAAGUUGGAAUAUUCUUUGAUCUUCCAGAAGGAAAACAAGGUUUCUGUGGCGGAUCUUUAAUUUCUCCUAAUUACGUCUUAACAGCUGCUCAUUGUACAAAUGGAAGUUUAGGUGCGCUUGUAAUUCUUGGCGCUCAUCGGGUUACUGAAAAUGAACCGAAUCAAAUUAGAAUUAAAUCCUACGAUUUAUACACCCACGAACUUUAUGGCAGCGAAAGUCUUUUAUACGAUAUCGGAUUAAUUCAUCUUCCGGAGGCGGUUGAACUUAACGAAAACAUCGGGAUUAUUUCCCUUCCUUCUCGUGCUCAAGAAAACGACAAUUUCGAGUUUGAACCUGCUUUGUUAACGGGAUGGGGUAAAAUAUCAGAUGAAUCCACAUCAUUAUCCGAUUAUUUACAAUACGCUGAAACGCAUAUUAUGGAAAAUCGAUUGUGUACUCUUUACUUUUUUGGUUCUGUUAAAGACACCCAUAUUUGUUCCGACGCUCACUACAGUAGACAAUCUGCUUGUAAUGGUGAUAGUGGCGGGCCGUUAGUGGUUGAUGGUGCUUUGGUUGGUUUGGUUUCUUUUGGAACUGGUUUGGGAUGUGAUGUUUUAUGGCCGACUGUUUAUACUAGGAUUACCAGUUAUUUAGAUUGGAUACAAGAACACUCCGAUGUUGUUAUUAACGAAUAGAUAUUGAUAGCGAUAAUAUUGUUAUUGAUCGGGUUUCUAGAAAUAUGGUUAUAAAUCACCUGUAUUUAUUAUCAUUAAACAUUAAAUAAAAAUUCUUAUC